UAUAUCAGCUGCAUCUCGAAGAUGUUUGCUAAGUGCACAGGUUGUGAUAUGGGGACUGAGAAAAAGGAGGUGCUGCCCAAGGAAGAAAUUUCUGAAGACUCUGAGCCACAUGGGCCAACAUUAGAAAAACUUGCACAGGAGGUUUACCAAGGCCAUGAGUUUGGAGCAGCAAGUGAGGAAGACAUAUUAGAGGGACAUUUGAGAGAGUCCUCAAAAGAGAUUAUAGAACAGAUGUAUCCUCAGGAGAGAGACUUUGCAUCAGGGUUAAUUAUCUUCAAGAAGUCGUCCGUAGGUGAGAAAGACCAGAAAACCAGUGAGAGUCCAAGAGGCUUCAGUCCUAACCCGAGUGUACUGAUGUGUCAUGGAGGUGCUACAGCCGAGAGGGACAGCGCAUGUGCUGCCUCUGGCCAGAACUUCACGGAGAGUCUAGAGCUUACUAAAGCACAGGGGACUCCUGUGGGAGAAAAGCCUCACACAUGUAAAGAAUGUGGGAAAGCUUUUAAUCAGAACUCACAUCUCAUCCAGCAUAUGAGAGUCCAUAGUGGAGAAAAACCCUUCGAAUGCAAAGAGUGUGGAAAGACCUUCGGGACCAACUCCAGCCUUCGAAGGCACCAGAGAAUUCACGCCGGAGAGAAGCCCUUUGCUUGUACUGAGUGUGGCAAGGCCUUCAUUCAGAGCUCACAUCUGAUCCACCAUCACAGAAUCCAUACGGGAGAAAGGCCUUAUAAAUGUGAAGAAUGCGGUAAAGCCUUCAGUCAGAACUCGGCCCUUAUUCUGCACCAGAGAAUCCACACUGGAGAGAAACCGUAUGAGUGUAAUGAGUGUGGGAAGACCUUUCGGGUUAGUUCACAGCUCAUCCAGCAUCAGAGAAUUCACACAGAAGAAAGAUACCACGAGUGCAGUGAGUGUGGCAAAGCCUUCAAGCACAGCUCCGGCCUCAUCAGACAUCAGAAAAUCCACACAGGAGAAAAGCCCUAUCUGUGUAACGAGUGUGGGAAAGGCUUUGGUCAGAGUUCGGAGCUUAUUCGGCAUCAGAGAAUCCACACAGGGGACAAGCCCUAUGAAUGCAGUGAAUGCGGGAAGACUUUUGGCCAGAACUCAGAGAUUAUUAGACAUAUCAGAAUUCAUACUGGGGAGAAGCCCUAUGUGUGCAAAGAAUGUGGGAAGGCCUUCAGGGGUAACUCGGAGCUCCUGAGACACGAGAGGAUUCACACUGGGGAGAAACCCUAUGAAUGCUUUGAGUGUGGGAAGGCGUUUAGGCGGACCUCUCAUCUGAUCGUCCACCAGAGAAUACAUACCGGAGAGAAACCCCAUCAGUGUAAUGAGUGUGCAAGAACCUUCUGGGAUAAUUCUGAGCUGCUGCUUCACCAGAAGAUUCACAUUGGAGAGAAACCUUAUGAGUGUGACGAAUGUGAGAAGACGUUCAGCCAGCACUCCCAGCUCACCAUCCACCAGAGAACUCACACUGGGGAGAAGCCAUACGAGUGCCAAGAGUGCCAGAAGACCUUUGGCCGGAGCUCCCACCUCCUCCGGCACCAGAGUGUUCACUGUAGCGAGUGAUCUGCAAACCAGGCAGGUGCUGUGUGGAGGCUGGAGGCAGCCUUCUCUCUCCGCUGCUCUGUUCCCAGCCUAAGAUCAGAUGAAGGGACAGGGCCUCCUCUGCCCAUCCGCUGAGUGUGUGUCGGUCGUCGUCUGAAAGUGAUGAGGCAGUUUUAUGAACUAUUGAGAAAUUUUAGUGUACUAAAUUAAAUCACAAAAGUUGUUUCCAGUCUUAAUCCUCCUUUGGCCUUUUCUUCCUUUCUGUCUCCACAGGGGUCUGUACAUGUGUCUAGCCUAAAUUGUUGUUGUUCUUUAUGAAAAGUGGGGACAGGAUUCACCAUUCCUAAGAACCAGAGAGUUGCCUCAAUAUCUCCUGAAACGUUAGAAAGUUAUAACCUAUCCUGUCCACUGCUUAGCUUUGGGAUACUUUAGUUAACCUUUCCCUCCGUUUCUUUUUUUAAGCUUCAAAAUCUUCCAGCCAUAAUGAACAUAUUGUUUUGGCUUUUGGUUUUCCCAGAUCACCAAAUCCUUCCACCCAAGUUCAGCACAGUUACUUUCUUUUUUCCUUUCUUUCUCUCUUCUUUUUUCUUUUUAAGACAUGUCUCAAAUAGCCCAGACUGACCAUGAACUCCAUUUGUAGCUGAGGAUGACCUUGAACAUCUGAACCUCCUGCCUCCAGAGUGCUGGGAUUAUAGUCUCAAACCACCAUUCCCAGUUCAUGUGCACUGGAGAUCCGACUCAGGGCUUUGGGCAUAAUAGGCAAGCACCAACUGGACACUGUUCUCAACUCGGUUUCCUUAAACCACCACUAUUUAGCAAAAGAAAAGGCCCUCUACCCAAUCCGUUCACUUGAACAUUAGUGACAGGGUUUUGUUGUGCCUGACAUGCUUGGAAGAGAAUGAAGGCCUCAUGUUCCCAAAGGAAUCUGUGUGUGUGUGUUGCCUGAGAGGAGUUCUGGUUGACAAAAUAGCCUUCAUCUUACGUUUGCUGUAUGUGUAUCCUCUGUCCUCUCUCUACCUGUCACUUGGUUGUUUCAGGGAGAUUUCUCAGCUUUCCUCAUUUAAUCUCCUUCCCCUUCAACUCACCCUGGUGUCAAACGUCCCAAUAUAGCUGUGGCUAGCAGUCAUGAUUCUAUGCAAGGAGAAUCUUGCCAAAGACAAGUCAUGAGUUAAUUUCAGACCCACUCUCAAGAAAUAAAGGCCUCUCAGUCUGAAGCCAUUAACUACCCAGAGAAAUUCUGCAGAAUCUUCAAAGGUAUGUCAACACCUGUCUUCUCCCUUCCCUAACAUGUUAAGCAAAUAAAGUAUGUCUUUGCAGAUGUCUCAGUAAGUCUCUCUGUUGUGUUUUUCUAGGCUG